AUGCAGUGUUGAGCACAGGUACACACAGUCCACCCAUGCGUAGUAACAUGCAUGGAUCGUACUGGUGACCUGCAUGGAAUGAUGUGGUGGAUGGAAGCUGGUAGAUGGAUCUGGAACACAGUCUAUAUUGCAGAUGAACUUAUUAUCAAGACGCUUGUUGUGUUUGGUGCCCACUGUAAUUCCAGGAAUGACUUCAAGCAGACACCUCUUGACAUGGCCAUUGAAAAUAGAAAAGACAAUGUUGUUCCCUUACUGGUAUCAGUCGGGUGUAAGCAAGGCUGUAUGGUAGAGAGUCCCUCAUCCAGCUCCCUGUACUAUGGCAUCAGCCCGGAGGAAGAGGUGGACAUCCCAUGCAAUGACUCCAACCCUGUGGAUGACGGGCUCAAGAGAGCAAAGCAUGUCCUCUCAGAUCAGAUUGAAGACCACAUGAGAAGUCGUUUGAUUGGCUCUACUUCAAUCAGGCCUGACGAAGCCUACGUGUAUCUUCUACAGCAGCGAGAACUUCAAAUGUUCAAAACUGACAAUGGAGAGAGGUGUGCCACUCCGUUUGAUCACGAUGUAACCCCUCCUCCAAUGGAGUUUGCAUCUCAGGGAGGAGCCAGAAUUCUGAGCCUGGACGGUGGAGGAAUGAGAGGACUUAUUCAACUGGAGAUCCUUUUUGAGAUAGAAAAGAUGACCGGGAAACGAAUUGUCGAGCUUUUUGAUUGGAUCAUUGGCAACAGCAUUGGUGGUAUAAUGGCUUUGGGUUUAGUCUAUGCAGACAUGACUAUCCCUCAACUGAGGAGAAUGUAUUUCCGUCUCAAGGACAAGGUGUUUUCAAGCAAGAAGGGGUUUGGUGGCUACAACACUAAGGUUUUAGAAGAGCUCUUACAGGAAGUGUUGGGGACUGAACAGAGAAUGUGUGACCGCAGGCACCCAAAAGUGUUGAUCACAGCUGUGGACAAGUCCAACACACCCAUGAACAUCCAUUACUUCAACAACUGCUUUGAUGAUCAGUUUAGCACACAGCCAGUCUGGAAGGUAGCUCGGUAUUCAAGUGCUGCUCCCCUCUACUUCAGUGAGCUGGACAACUACGUUGAUGGUGGUGUAAUGGCCAAUAACCCUUGUGAUGGAGGACUUGCCAAGAUUCAGUCAUUUUACCAGGUAAAGAACCAACGGAUGCCCAUAUCCUGCAUGGUGUCCGUGGGAUCAGGACUUUUCCCUCCCAGCAGACUAGGAAAGAUCAGUAUCUUUGUGGGAGUCCAGAAUCUAUUCAGAAUGCUUAGCGAUGCUCUCGGGCAAUCUGAGGCAAUUGCUGAUCGAUGCAAGACCAGCUGUGAGGCUCAGGGCAUUCCCUUUUAUCGAUUCAGUCCUCCUCUGGACGAAAAAAUUGAGCCAACAGAAACCGACUCUCGUAAACUUGUUGACAUUAUGAUACUCUCAAGAAUGUACAUGCACGGCAUGGAAGAUUACAAAUCAGACAGGUUAUUACCCCUUUUGCUGCAAAUAACUGGUACCGCAUAGACUUCACUCACAUUUGCAAUCGACAUUAUUUUGUGUGUGUAUUUUUUUGUUUCACAUGACGUAUUAACGCACUCAGGUUAUGAUUUUGUUUUAAUUUUGUGUUAUAUAAUUCAUCACGCAUGUACCCUUCUCCCCUCUCAUGAUUUUAAUCCAUUUUUGAUCUGUAUAAUACACUCACAAUUAC